AUGCGACAGACUAAACGAGCCGCAGCAGCCGUACCAGCAGCAGCAGCAGCAGCAGCAGCCGAACCAACAGCAGCAGCAGCAGCAGCAGCAGCAGUAGCGGCCAGGGCAGCAGCAGCAACGGCAGUAGCAGCAGGGGCAGCAGGGGCAGCCGCAGGGGCAGCAUCAGCAGUAGCAGCAGCAGCAGCAGCAGCAGCAGCAGCAGCAGCAGCAGCAGCAGCAGCAGCAGCAGCAGCAGCAGCAGGGGCAGCAGGGGCAGCCGCAGCAGCAGCAGCAGUGGCAGCACUCCUCCUGGCCGCCGCGGAUCCACCCGCAGUCGCCGUCCAUGGCUACCACCCCCCCACCUCCUCCUUCCUCUCUCCCUCCACCUAUCGAUGCUUUUCUCAUCAUCGCACCAUGGGAAAGGGUCGCAACAACAAAGCUGGCAAGAAGACGGCUGAUGGCGAUCAGGAUAGGGAGGUGGCUGACGUACCUGACAUACCUGCGAAGGACGCUGCGGACAAGGAGCGAAUGCCUUCCUCUUCAACGGCUGCUGCUGUGCUUGGUCCUUUCGAGGACUUGCUGGAUCUACACGCCAAGGUUGACCAUGCUGAUGGAGCGGGAGGGGAAGGUGCUGAUGGAGAAGACGGGAAUGCCGGGAACGCUGAGAAGGACCACAAGGCUGCUGGUGAAGAGAACGCUGCAGACGACAAUGUACAUGAUGGCGAAGAGGCUGCGUCGGACCAAGUUCCUGAUGAGGACGAGGAUGGUUACCUGAGUGAUGACUCAGAUGAACUCUUGGAACCAGACUCGCUCAGCAGUAUUAUUGCCUUAAAACGAUUCUCACUAACCUUGCUGGUGCCGAUUCUCAGGAAGAAUGAGGUCAAGCGCGCUGCUGUGACGGUUGCAGCUUUGUUGGAUGACUGGAAAGAGCAGCUGACUCCAGAUGUGCUGCAGACGACGACGUACCAGGAGCUCACGGCGACGUAUUUUUCUGGGACGCAUUAUGGUCGCCUUCAAGUCACAUUCAACCACGUCAGGGACGCGAACUUUGUUUGGAGCCAGGUCAUCCCUCACGAGUGUGUGAACGGUGACAUUGUCGACUUCUCCUGGCAGCACCCUGAAGAUGCGCGGUUUCUUCGUGAGCGUCUGCUGAAUCCUACGGCGAAGGAGGUCGUGGUCAAAGGUGUGCCGGCUGAGAUCACUGCUGAGAUUAUCCGUCAUCUGCUGGUGGUGGCGAAGCUGGUUAAGCGUGGUAAGAGCGCCUUCGCCAGCGGUUUCGGCUUCCACCGCACUGUUGACCCGGUCACUGGGUUGGAUACUGACCGUGUUCGUGGCCUGAUCGCUCCCCACGCCGCUGAUGAGUACCGCUGGAGGUACUUUGUGGAGGACCCGUCGACAGGGAGGCGUUACCUGCUACACUUCCCGUCACUCACUUGCGAGUUCUGCAGCGUUGUGCUUACCUCCACGGGGGGUGUGCGGGAGGAGUGGGUAUGCGUACAAACCGUGUGCGAGAAGGCGCAAGGAAAUCAUUUCGAACAGGCGGCAGCUCACGUUGCUUCUGCCAAGCACAAGGGGGGGCUGCGGAAGGAUGGUGCUGCAACGCACGUCAACAUGCAGUCUCAGAAAAUAGCUGCUUUCAAGAAGGAGUUCAUCGUCAAGCCGGCAAAGCAGUGA